AUGGCAGCUUCAGUAUCAAAAACAGAACACAAGCCACGUGACAUCAUCUUCCGGAACUAUUCUUUCGAACAAGCAUCGAACUAUGCCGAAGGACGACUUGGAUACUCAGACAACCUCAUUGAGUUCGUCUUGAAACAGCAUAGUUCAACUGGUGGUCAAAAUGGAGUCGUGUUAGACGCCGGAUGUGGACCUGGUCUAGCAACUCGAAUGCUGGCACCGCACUUUGAUGUCGCUUAUGGCGCCGACCCGGGGAACAGUAUGAUCGAGAAGGCUAAACAGAUCGGAGGGUCAUCCAAAGCCGGUACUCAAAUCGUAUACAAGAUGAGUAGUGCUGAAGAAGUUGACAAGAUCGAUGGUCUCGAUCAUUCUUCGGUCGAUCUCAUCACAGCAGCCACUGCGGCUCAUUGGUUUGAAAUGCCAAAAUUCUGGGAAGCAGCUGCCAAGUUGUUGAAACCGGGUGGUACCGUUGCCAUAUGGACAGUUUUCAGGAAAUCCGAUACGUUUGGUGACAACAAAGUACAGGCUCUUAUUGAAGACUUGAGAGAAAAUGUGCUUGCUCCGUACAACUCAGAGGGCAGUCAACUUACGCACGACGGAUAUGUCAACCUCGUCAUGCCUUGGGACGACCCGGCCACUGCUUCAUUGUAUGACCGUCAAUCGUCUACCCGCCACGAACUCAGUGCCAAGGAUGGGUAUUUUCCUAAGACCUACAUGAUGGACAGUAAACCUAGUGAUAUUCCACUAGACGAGGCACUUCAAAGGUUCGACAAACUAGUCAAUAGUUUUGGGGCGGUCAAUCGUUGGCAACAAGCCAAUCCUGAGUUGAUUGGAACGAAAGACGACAUUGUUAGGAUUUUGAUGAAUAAGCUGCGAGAGGCAGCCGAAGAGAAUGCAGGGUCACUGGAUUUGUCAAGCCUGGCAGAAAGAUUUGCAAUCGCGGUUAUUAUUGUGAAGAGGGUAUGA